GUGUUAUUCUGUUUUGGCGUUGUUUGUAUACUAGUUUGAUUUUGAAUAAGAUGGGAGAAUGGCUAUGAAUGCAUUGAUUAAAAAUUAUGUAUUCCUUCGUUACAGUUAAGACGCACAUCGGCUGUUAUAAUUUUAUUAAACCAUAUUUAUACUUCCUCGACAGGUUAUAUGUACAUUAAUUAGUAUUUUCAAAGGGGCUGCAAAGCUUAUAAAAUACUGUGCAUCAGUACUUAACAGUUUUCACAAUGAAAGAAAGUUUUACGAAGACGUUGAAAUGCUGUGCAAAUCCUGAAGAAUUUCCUAAGCUUGCAAAGGAAAUGGGAUUCAGCUUCCAUUUACGUAGAGGACGAGUAAAUUGGCAUAAAAUUGAUGCCAUUGACGUGGACAGGUUAAUCCAAGAGAGAGACGUGGCAACGUUGCAGGAGAAUCUAGCCAGUAUAAUCAACUACAGUCUUGAUGCGGAGUACGAUGUAAAGAUUCUCGACCCCAGUUUCGUGAAGUUGUUCAGACUGGCGCAGCUGUCCAUCGACUACCUCAUGUAUUCCGAGCAGCACGUCUACAACUGCGUUCAGCUGGCUCAGGACGAAAUACUGAAACUAUCUGCCGAAGUCCAAAGACUACGAAAAGAGUGUAGGAAAAAAGACCUUGAUCAGAAGAACUUGAAAAAGAGGAUGAAAAGUUUGGAAAGGUUACGUCCCAGUGACUCGUAUCUAUACGAUGAACAAGCCACAUCAGGGGCUGGCCUUCAUUUCCAGUGCAGGCUGUGCGGGAAGGUGUUCCGGACAUGGGUGUUUCUGGAGCAGCACCACGGCCGGAGGCACGCUGGCCAGCCGGGGCCCCCCGCGCCGGGGCAUGCCGCCUCGCUCGAGGCGGAGAGACUGCAGCUGGAGGUGAAGGAGCUGAAGGAGAGGCUGAACCUCGCGGAGCGGCUGCUGCUCCAGGAGAGGGAGGGGACCGGCGGAGAGAAGUUGCAGGAAACACAGGUCAAGUAUCAGGAUGACAGAAAAAUCUGGGAAGAAGAAAGUAAAAGAAGAAUGGAAGAGUGGCAACAAAAUGAGCAGAAGAAGUACAGGGAAGAGCUAACAGCACUGCAGGAAAAGUUUCUCGUUGAAAUACAGCAUGUAAAGGAGCAAUCCAAGGCUUGCUCUGUUAACUCCGAACUUGCAGAAAAUGUUCAGAAACAGGAAGAAAAGUUGUCAUUACUGCAAGAGGAGCUGGGAAAGAAGCUGUCGCCUGGCGUGCGGGAGCUGCAGGCCCAGCUGGAGGCCCAGGAGCAGCUCUGGAGGUCGCGGCUCGGCGAACUGGAGCAGCGACACCGGGGAGACCUCCGGGACCUGGCCGCCCGGCUCGGCAGCUCCGAGGCCGAGAAUGCUAAGAUGAUAUCUGCGUAUGAAUCGAAAAUCCUGAGCCUGACCGCCCACGUGAAAGAGCAGGAGCUCACGCUGCGCUCCCAGGGAGAGCAGAUAAAGAGGCUGACCAGCCAGCCGCAGCCCAGACAGGCUGUCCAGCCGAGCGUGAGCCCCGCGCCUGUCAGGCCCUCGCCGGUCCGCCCCACCGGGAACAGUGCCAGGAGCUUCACCCCGGUGAGGCCUCUCCUGGCCGACGAGCCCCCGGAGCGUCGGGAGUCGCCCGAGGCCCCUGGCAUGACCGCGGUGACGCCGGCGGAGCAGCGGGUCCUGCACGCGGGCAGCGUCCACAGCUCCAGGGACUCCGGGCUGGACUCCCCGAGGAGGAUGGUGCACCCCGAGCCCGAACCCCGGGAGCACGAGCGACACCGAGGGCAGCAGGGAAGCGAAGAGAGCGCGUCGGACGAGACUUCCGAGAGUUCCGAGUCCGCCAGCCAGCAGAAGGAAGAAGAUGACGUGGUCCCGGUGCCAAGUUUGCAGGAAGCGCUCGCGCUGAACCCCGACAUCCUGACGGAGCUGCGGGGAGACAUGCGGGACAUCCUGGAGCGCAGGCUGCGGGAGCUGGGGAUCGACCCGGAGUGGGAGGGCAUCCCCGCGGCCACCUUCAGGAAGAAGAUGGCGACCGUCGAGCACCACCAGACCAUCACUGCCAAGCGGUAUGCAGACUUCUUUGCGAUCAAGGAGUCCCUGAUGAAGGAAGUCAAUAGCAGAGUUGCGGUGCACAAGAAGGGCUCUCCCAGCGCGGUCAGCAAGCGAGUCUCGGGACUGAACGCUCGCAGCAGGGUGGCCAAGAUGGUGGGGAACGUGCGGAGCAGAGCCCUCGGGGUUGUUCAGCGCUCCGGCAAGAACAAGCCCAGGAAAGGUAGGAAUGGAAUGGCGAGAACUACAAGAAGUGCUGGUGCGAUGAUGGCCGAGAGGAAGCGGAAAGGAGCGCAGCAGGUGUCGUCCGACGCGGUCCUCGGGGGAAGAGACGGCGAACCAGCCCAGCGGCUGCAGCCCGCGGCGUCCCAGAGAGGGGAGACGGUACUCCCGGCGAGAAGCGGCGACUUCGCCCGGGAAGUCCCGGCUGUCACCUCCACGCCAGUGAAGCCGCCUGCCGCUGUCCCGACCUCCAGCACAACCGUGUUGAAAAGCUACGGCGGAGAGGAGGGUGGAGAAUCGCCUCCGUCGUCCUCGCAAGACGACGAUGAGUCGGAGGCGAGCGAUUCGGGCUCCUGGGAUCGGAAGACGGUGAAGGUGGCGGGCAGCGGCCAGCCUGCGCAGCGCCCUGCAGCGUCGGUUGGCAACCUUGCAGACAGGAAGAAGGUGCUGUUCGGUGGCCUCGGCUCUGCGGCAGAUGUGAAAACGGCAGCAAGUGACACCAGUGCCAAUCCGACUAGAACGACGGUCGAUAAUCGUUUCUCGGAAGCGGGUCCAGCUAUGGUUUCAAAGCAGAAGGCAGCCAGAACAGUCAAGUUCUCAGACGAGAUCAGACCACAGGAAACAAAAGAUGAGACUUCAGACAGUGAUGAUCUGGACAUCUCAAGCAUUGAAGAUUUUAAAGCUGAUACCAAAUCUGAUCAUACAGCAGGUGCAAUUCGUCUGAGCACAAAGCAAAGUGAUAAAAUUGCUCAGAUAUCCAAAAAUAUCGAACACCAGCUGAACCUGACUCGGAAGAAGCCGGUGGGCGGAGUGGAGACCAUGUUCGGUGCGGGUGGUGCCAGCUCCGGCACCGCCGCCGGGGGAGACGCCGGGCAGGCCAAGCCCCUGGCGCUCGAGACGUUGCUGGCAGACUGGGACCUUGAGGACUUUGACGAGCUGAGUAACUUGUAGAGCCGCCUCACAGCUGGACCUUGUCUUUGUGAUAGCGUUGUUUGUGUUGACUAAAGUACAAAUUUUUUUUUUGUUGAUAGUACCCCUUCUUUGUUAUCGAAGAAGAAAAUUGUGUACGUAGUAUUAGUAAAUAAAGCCAAAGUAUUUUCUCAAA